AUGGGCAACCUGCAUCCCCGUGCCGCGCGCUCCAGUAACACUGGUCCCGGCGCCGGUCCCUGCAUCUGGGUCGCCGGCGCGGACCAAACCUCGGCCUCAAACCUUGCCCUCUUCAUCGCAGGGCGGUGUGGCGGGCCUGCGGCGAAUGCGAUCGGAAGCAAAAUCGCCGCCCACAGCAGCUUUCGUGGCGAAGUCUCGUGGAGCGACACCGCGCCCUGCGUUAAGCUGGUCUGCCUGGCGGGGAGCCUUCUCGUCUACCGCGACUGGCAUGAGUACGCGCCGUGCGCAGGCCUGAUCUACGUGCACUCCGUCGCUCUUGAAACAGCGCUUCGUGACGAGGAGACGAAGCAACAGCGGGAAAAUUUCAGGCUGGAUAUGGAGCGGUACCUACCGUGGCUGCUGGGAGAGGAGGGCGUGGAGGGAGGAACAAGCGUUGGAGCCGUCGAGAGGCUGGAAAAGCUGAACCAGUCCCCUGACCUACCGGUACUCGUUUUCGUGUUGCUGCCUCCGGGUGAGCAACCGCAAUACCGUGCUGAAGCUAACACAUCACCAUCGACCGCGUCCGCGCUUUUGCCUGAAGCGACCAAAGAAGCGCUGGCCAAGGGGGGCAGGCCGUGGAAAGCAUUUUCGUUUCGGUCAGGUCGACGUCCUUCAACAGCGGAUCCACAAGAGCAAUCAUCUUCUGUAGACGACGAGAACCUAGACGCUGAAAUUCGCGAAACUGUUAUCAGUGGUGUAGAUUGGCUCUGUAGCAAGAUCAAACGGUAGACGGUCACUGUUGGAUAGCAACCAAGAGAAGCAAUGCUGCGAUUCCUC